AUGGUUGAGCACUACGUCACUCAUCGUCAGCAAUAUAAACUCAGUACGUGGGACGGAACACGAUGUGCCUUGUUUGAGAACAAAGUUUCGAAGAUGGUGCAGCUGUCGAAAACUGGGGCGAGAGAGAAUCCUACGCUUAAAGCUGGACAUCCCCCAGCAGUGCGGGCCGGGGGGAUGCGGGUGACCAAGAAGAGCAGUGAAGACAGCGUGGGAGCAGAGAGGGAGACCAAACGGCCAGAGAAGUCCAGAUCUCUUCCAACUUCUCCCAGAAUGCAGUCUGUUAGUGUCCUGUUGGCUGGGACUCUUGAAAAGCUGGGACAUGAUUUCCCAGAAACGCCAGUAAGCGUCAGGCACAGCAGACUCCAGCCUGCCGUGGAGAAACUGCACUCUCCCCGGAACUUCUUCAUUCAACAGCCCCGCAAGUUUUGAACCAAGAUGGCUUCCGCCCCCUCGCGCGGCAGAGGAGCCUGGGGGAAUAUCUGAAGUAAACAGUCUUAAGAGAAACAGGAAGUGUUUACAGCAGACUAGACCUAAAGAGGCCAGAGUGUGAAGGUGGAAACCUAUAGCAUUGUGUAGUUAAUGUUCGUUCUUCUGAGAAAAUGUAACCGCAGCACUUGAGCUUCAGUUUAACUGUGAAUCCGUAGGAAUUACUGACCUUCAUUUUAUAGGUAAUUUCUUUAAACUUAUUCCUUGCGCUUUACUUGCUACAAAUCAGAUGCCUUGUCGAUAUAAGGGGCAUUGCAUGCAUGUCUCGGCCUGUUAUCUGACUUUGACUUCUGUCCACUAAUUGUUGGCAUUGUCGUCAUGGUUGAGUUGAAACUCUGUUUCAUCUGGAGCACGCAUUGCGUGUGCUGAUCGGGACCAAUAUUACUUUUCCUUCUGGGCAACAUUUAAGUAAUAUUAAAUGUAAACUUUGUAGACCUGCUUUAACACUUGCUGCUUUAAUAAAAUUGACUGGCAAUGUUCUAUACUA